ACUCGCAUAGAGUAAAAACAAAUGACUUUUUCUAACAACAGAAAAAAAUCUCAAUUUUGAUAUACUUAAGAAUUUUAUUGUGUAUAAAUUCCAAUUAUCAGUAAAAUUAAGUGGCCGCUUGCAAUUUUAAAAAUUAAGUGAUAAUGGAAUUUAUACAAGUAGUAGAAGAAGAUGGAGAUGAUCCCAUUGAAUUGCCAACAGAAGAUGACGGCAGUCUGCUGUUGUCAACUUUGCAGGCUCAGUUUCCUGGUGCUUGUGGUCUCAAAUAUAUUAAUGAAGAAACUAAAUGCUUUCGUGGAGUGCGCUCAAAUGAGGGUAAAUUCUUUCCACCAUACACUGAAACCGGUUGGGGUACACACAUAUACCAUUGUGUGUUUCCUAAGGAAAAUAAACGUAAAAGUGAUGAUCACUUAGAGAAUUCGACAGCCAAAACAAAACGCAUAGAGUCGAGAGCGCGUUGUACAGAUUUAAUAGUGUUAGGACUGCCUUGGAAGACAACAGAGGAAAGUUUGCGUACGUAUUUUGAGACGUAUGGUGAAGUAUUAAUGACACAAAUAAAGAAAGAUGUCAAUUCGGGACAAUCAAAGGGUUUUGGUUUUGUGCGCUUCGGUUCGUACGAUGUGCAAGGAAGAGUUUUAUCAACAAGACAUUUAAUCGAUGGACGCUGGUGUGAGGUUAAAGUGCCCAAUUCUAAAGGUAUGGUUCAUCAAGUACCUUGUAAGGUAUUUGUAGGACGUUGCACUGAAGAUAUAAAUGCAGAAGAUUUGAGAGAGUAUUUUUCAAAAUUCGGUGAAGUUACUGAUGUUUUUAUACCCAAACCGUUUCGAGCAUUUAGUUUUGUAACAUUUCUGGAUCCCGAUGUGGCGCAGUCACUGUGCGGUGAGGAUCAUAUUGUAAAGGGUGUUUCUGUGCAUGUGUCAAAUGCUGCUCCUAAGGCUGAACAAAUCCGCAACUCUAUGCAAAAUUUCCAAACAGUUGGUGGCCGCAAUGCUCCCGGCUCGAAUACUCUGAUGGGACCUCAUCAAGAUUCCAUGAAUUAUGGUGAUGCUCGUGGCGGAGGAGGUGGCGGUGGUAGUAUAGUGGAUCAUCCUAGAAAUUCGUUUAAUAAUCGAGGUGUUGGAGACAAUAAUGGCAUGAAUCAGAAUGCCAUUUUAGGCAUGAGAGGUUAUGGCAUGAACACGAAUAGUUACAGCGGUGGUGGCAACAACUCAUUUGGCAAUCCAUUAGGCAAUAACAUGGGCGGCAUGAACGGCAAUAUGCUCAUGGGCAACAACUCGGGUCCCGGUGGUCCCCCUAUGAAUCGUUCCGACAACAUGUCCGGACCAUACCAAAGAGGCAACCGAGGAAAUUAUGUAAAUAAUCAUAUGGUGGGGCCGCAUGGACCCCAUGGCGGUAACAACAAUAGCAGCUGGAAUAACAAUCAUAAUCGAAAUUUAGAUAUGCCAAAUCUGCAGACUUUAGGAAUUAAUUCUCAGGGACCUAAACCAACGUCUGCAGCCCAAAAUUUGAAUAAUUCAUUGGGUGUGGGACUGAACCUAAAUUCGUUACCCAUGAAUCCAGCCAUAGUGGCAGCAGCGCUCAAUCAAUGGAGUAUUUUAGGUAAUCAAUUACAAAAUCAACCUCAAGAUCAGACUGGUAAUUUUCUCUCAUGGAUGGCUCACACAAAUAAUGCGGGCAACAGCAAUAACAUGCAUGGUAACAAUCCCAACAAUAAAGUGAGCAACAAUGGCAACAGGUCUCCCUCAGUGAAUCAACCGUCGACCGGUUCGCCUUGCAAUGAUGCUUCGCAAAAUGGUAGCGCGUCGAAUGUCUCAAAAGGCGGCAGUUGGUCCAGACCUAAUAACAGUUUACCCGAAAAUCCGAGUUUUAUCUAAACCAUCCCUCAACACUACCAGCAAGCAAAUGUUGGUGAGAAAAUGGCCUCCCACUUUUAAUGAAUGAAUGACAAAGUUGCCUGCAUACACUCAUAUAUCCAUAUGGCAAAUAAGUUGGAUUUUUUCCUCAUAAGUACCAGCAGAAGAGUUACUACCCAAUUCGUUCCAAAGCUGGCUAAUUUAAAUGUUUAGCUUGUGCGCAUCGUUUUACGUGGUAGCUCUUUCUAGUGGCAAUCGAUUUAAAGAAAAAAUUAAAAAAAAAACUUAUCAUGUAUAUCUAGUGUUUAGUUCUACCAUUAGUUUAAGUGAAAACAUAAAAAAUGUAUCUUUAAAAUAUAUUUAAAGUAAAGCGACAAGAUGAUCAACAACCAUAUAACAAGAUUUUGUAAAAUAUUUCUUAUUUUUAAUAAUAUUAACUGCCUGUUCCUGUAAAUGAAAACGAAAUUUCCAUUCUUUACAAAUACGUAUGAGAAAGGAAGUUUCCGUUCGCUUUUAGACGAAGAGGUCCUAACUGUCGUAAUUUAUUGCGAAAUAAAUUUGUAAGGAACUCAAAACGUUUGUUUUAGAAAAAGUAUUUAUUUUUAAUACAACUAUAUUACAAGAUGUCUAUUUGUAAUAUUAGUUUUAUUGUGAAUGUUACUUAAAAAUAAAUAAUGCCAUUUAUUUCUUGCUGUUAAGAAUGA